CAAAAUAAGUCGCAAAUCUCGAAAGACUUUACUCAAUCUCCUUCUUCUUCCUCCUUCUUCUUUAACUCUCUCUCUCUCUCUCGUCACCACCACCACUUAAACACUUCCACUGACUCAUCAGAAGAAACCUUUCUCUCAGUUCUUGAUUCCAUACUUCUAACUUCUCUCUGCUUCUUUCUUCUUCUUCUUGUGUGGUUACUUCUUUAGAAUCUUACUGUUUCUAGGUUUUACUCAAAAUCAGAAGAAUGGGAAGUAAAUGGAGGAAGAUGAAACUGGCUUUGGGUCUCAAUCUCUGUACUUACCUCCCACGGACCCUAGACGAAUCACCUCCUGCUUUGAACUCCACAGAGAGAUUAUCAGAUGUUGCUCUGCUCUCUCCUCUUAACUGGCCCAUGACCCCAACACCUUCCUCUCACGGUCUCAAGUUAUCCAGAAACGGCUCUAGAAAAUCCUCAAAGACAUGUUCUAUAUGCUUGACUAAGAUGAAAGAAGGAGGAGGACAUGCUCUUUUCACAGCAGAGUGCUCACACUCCUUUCAUUUUCACUGCAUUGCUUCAAAUGUGAAACAUGGGAACCAAGUCUGCCCUGUCUGCCGUGCCAAAUGGAAAGAGAUCCCUAUGCAGCAUCCUCCUCCUCGUUAUCUCUUUGCAAGACCUUAUAGCAAUGAUGCAGCUGUUAACCUCCUCCACCGCUUGCCUGCACCUCGCCGAGUCACGAAUCAAGGACGUGCUCUGCCUCCUGAGCCCUCUAUGUUCAAUGACGAUGAGCCUUUAGAGCAGCAGCUUGUAUUCUCCAGGAAGAGCUCGGAGAACAAUCUGAUGGAGUUGAAAAUAUAUCCUGAGGUUUCUUCUGUACCAAGAGCUGAGUCUCGUGAGGAGUUUGAUGUAUUGGUGCACCUCAGAGCUGCUGGUAUGGUUAAUGGAAACGCUCGAGCUCCACUUGAUCUUGUCACAGUGCUUGACAUCAGUGGUAGCAUGGCUGGAACCAAGCUUGCUCUUCUCAAAAAAGCAAUGGGGUUUGUGAUUCAGAAUCUUGGUUCUAACGAUAGGCUUUCUGUGAUUGCGUUCUCUUCCACUGCUCGUCGUCUAUUCCCUUUGACCAAGAUGUCUGAUGCUGGAAGGAAUCUAGCACUUCAAGCUGUGAACUCAUUGGUUGCAAACGGUGGGACCAACAUCGCCGAAGGUCUUAGGAAAGGUGUGAAGGUGAUGGAAGAACGGAGAGAUGAGAACCCUGUUGCUAGCGUUAUCCUUUUGUCUGAUGGGAGAGAUACAUACACCAUGAACAACCAGCCUGAUCCAAACUACAAGCUGUUGCUUCCUUUGUCUAUGCACGGUAGUGAAAGCAAACGGUUUCAGAUCCCUGUUCAUUCUUUUGGUUUUGGAUCAGAUCAUGAUGCUUCGCUGAUGCAUUCUGUCUCUGAAACCUCUGGAGGAACGUUCUCUUUUAUAGAGAGUGAGUCUGUGAUCCAGGACGCUCUUGCACAGUGCGUUGGUGGACUUUUGAGUGUAGCAGUGCAGGAGCUGAGGCUAGAGAUCGAUAGUUUCUCCUCAGAUGUUCGUCUUAGCUCGAUUAAAGCUGGGAGUUACCCUAGCCUUGUGGGUGGUGAUGGUAGGUCAGGACGUGUUGAGAUUGGUGAUCUUUACGCGGAUGAAGAGAGGGACUUCUUGAUGUCUAUCAACAUCCCAGCUCAGAGAAGUGGAGAGGAGACAGAGCUUCUGAAGAUGAGAUGUGUAUACAAAGAUCUUUUGACAAAGGAGGUUGUGACGCUUCAGAGCCAUGUCCUCAAGAUUCAAAGACCAGACACCGUUGGUCAAGAAGAAGCUGUUGUUGUGUCCAUCGAAGUGGACAGGCAAAGAAACAGGUUUCUAGCUGCGGAGGCAAUGGUUAAAGCAAGAGCUUUAGCAGAGGGGGAAGAUUUAGCAGCAGCUGUUAAUGUGAUCCAGGAGUUUAGACAGGUUUUAGCGGAGACGGUCUCAGCAAAAUCAAACGACGGGUUUUGUGUGGCUUUGGACAGAGAGAUGAAGGAGAUGCAAGAGAGAAUGGCGAGCAGGCAUGUCUAUGAGGUAUCAGGAAGAGCUUACAUUCUCUCUGGACUUAGUUCACACUCAUGGCAAAGAGCUACAUCGAGAGGAGAAUCAGGAGAUGGUUUUAGCUUUGUGCAGGCUUAUAAUUAUCAGACUCCAUCAAUGGUUGAGAUGCUGCACAGAUCACAAGCCACAUCGUAUCAUAGACUCAUCCAGCCGUUGCUGUCAUAUGUAUCUCAACCAAAGCCAAGGUGAAAAAGAAGUGUCAGAAACCAAUGUCUUUAGCUGUAACAUGUGUCCAGCCUUUUUUGGGUCUAGUUUUGGGGUUUUUUUGCUCUGUAAAGAAAUAAGAAGAAAGCAGACAAAGGGGGUUUGAAAUGUGAAUCUAAAUUUGGCGGUUUUGUAAGUUGAUGAUGUUGUUUCAACUUGUCUAUGUAAUGUAUAUUAUUAUUAUUAUUAUAUGUAUGCAUUUGGCUAUAAGUGGUUUCAGAUUUUGUGGUAAAGCAAGCAGUGAUUAUGUUAGA